ACGUCAUUUAAUUGGUUACAGCAUGGUAACAGCAGCACCCACCCAGCGUGUCCGAGUUUUUGAACAGCCUUUUGACCAUUGGGUUUGCGAAGUUCUUUGCCACGUCGAGCGCGCGGGAGCACCUAAAGCUGAAAAGUGGGCGAAGUGUUUAGAGGGUUUGGGUUUAGCUACUGCCAACUCAAUUUGGUAUUGAAUUAGUAGGUGGGUAGACAGAGAAGUGUGAACUUCACUCAACUGUGAAGUUUUACGGAAGAUAGUGUGGUUCGUAUAUUCAAAUACCGUAGGUAUUUGAAAUAACUUGUGGAGGAUCUAUGAAUUACACCCUACUCUGACGGCCUUGUGGAGAACAUAGCUGAAGGGAUACAUCUUCAAGAAUAAGAGCGGCGCUGUCCGUUCCCGCGCCCCUCGCCGCCUGUCAAUGCACUCCAGGAUGGGCCCGUCGCGCGGUCACCAGCGUAUUCUCGUGACGGUGGCCGUACUGGUGGCCCUGGCCGGUGUGGUGCAGUUCUGGCGACUGCGGACAGUGAACGCCGACCUCACCAACCAGCUGAUGCGGGUGGAAGGGCUCCUGCAGGAAGCCGAAAAGAAAUCUUCAAUGAUCGACUCGCAAAGGAAAGAAACCUCCGAAGACCUCAAGAAAGUAAACGCCAAACUACAACAGCUCCAGAUCACAAAAGACGAGGAUUCCAUGAGAUGCAAGCAGCUUCAGGAAGACAUGGAAGAGAUAAUGGAGAAAAAGUCGGCCCUUCAAAAGGAGCUGGAUGACGAUAAAGCCACCCAUAACGGCGAGCUGCACGACAUGGCCAGUAAGCUGAAGACGCUGCAGUCUGAGCUGACGGAGAGCCGGCGUCAGAGCGACGCCGAGGUGGCCGCACUCCGCCAGCAGCUAGCCGAGGCCGAGCAGACGGUCGGCGACACCGCCUCGUGCCGCGCUCAGCUGACCCACGCGCAGACGGAGCUGAUCAAGUGCCAGUCGAUGCCGGCUGUCCAGCCGGCGGCCCCCAGACAGCCGGGCACCGCCGACACCGGCCCCGCCGCCGCUGCAGUCGUCCCCGGUGAUAACGGUUCCAAGUGGCCCGGCCUGGUCGCCCCGAAGCCUCAGCUGGGUCAGCAGCUGUUUGAGAGUGCCGGCCUGUCCGGAGGGUUCCAGCAGGCGCAGGGCCAGGUGGUCGCCGCGCGCCGCGUGCUGCCCACGCCGCCGGGCGCAGCGGCCGCGGCCGUGGGCCCAAAGUCAAGCAGUACGACCUCUAGCGUGAGGCCGGCCGUGGCUGACGCGCUGGAGACGCUCGACAAACCGCAGGGCGGGGAGGAGGCGGCGGAGGGGGCCGGAGUGCUGGCGGCGCCCCACCAGCUUCCCGAGCGACAGGAGGAGAAAGAGGAGGAGGAGGGAGGAGAGGGAGAGCAACAGGAGGAGGGCGACCAGGACGGAGACGGCGGCAUCCAGUACCCGAUGGACGACGGUAAAGCAGACGCGAUGGACGACCAUCCCGAUACUGAAAACGAGGCCAAGGACGCCGAGCUCAUCAAGGGCCUGAAGGAGCUGUCCAACAAGAGCGGCCAGGGCGCCGACCAGCAGCCCGGGCCGGCCGAAGGUGAGCUGUCCGGCCCGGAGAUGGGCGCCGUGCCGCCGCCGGACCUCACCGGUGGGGUCGAGCCGCAUCUGCCGCUCCGAUAAACUCCCAGCAACCCAAAAUCGGUGCGUGACGUCACUGGUGGAUUGGUGACGUCAGCGGUGGCCAUCCUGUGACGUCACUGGCGAUCUGGCGACGUCAGCGGUGGCCGGCGGCGGGCGGUGCGAGGCGCCGUGUCCGCCCCAUAUGACCAGCCGCCGCCCUAUCCGCUGUAGUUCCGGUGAAUUGUGAGGCGCUGGCAGAGUCCGCGGCUCCGAAUUGGACACCACAAGUGCCUGGCAUGUGUUGUGAGUGUGACUGCCGGCAGCAGAAAGCCUCGCUGGAUGAACGAUGCGGCCCGCGCUGACGGUGCCUGCAUAGACAGAGAUUAUUCAGCGGGGCAGGGAGGUUGUGCUUAAUGACAGGCACUGGCUGGCGUCUGGGCGGCGUUUCACUGGACGCUGCUGUCGCAUUUCGCGAGCUGACGUCACAGAUUGUGGCAGUGUUGAAGAUAGGAGUUUGUUGAUGCCUCCUUGGGAACCCAAUUUGGCACGUUUACUGGCAGCGCGCUAGCAGCGGCCGUGAAACACCGCCCUGGUAUCUCGUGUCUGAGUGAUGGAUCGGCAUUUUUUGGCAUUGCUAACUCAUUUUACACUUGACAUUCUUUCUGAUCUCUUCGCUCUGGGUCGGGAGUUCGGUUGGACCUUUCACACUCGUUGCAGCCGAUUUGUCUGAAUACAGCUAGAGGCUAAGAAAUAUCAUGAAUGCCGCUCUGAUUGACGCUGGACGCCUUGUUAUGUUACAAUUCAUAUCAGUUAUGUUUCUGAUUGGCCAGGGUAUGCUAUGUUAGUUCUAGAAUGAAUUUGCUCGUCUGAUAACUUAAAUUUGUGUCAUUUUGCUGAUUGAUGUCGCUUGUGCUCACGCCAGUUGUGCAUUUACAGCGGGUAAGUUUGCGCGUCCCGCCUCGUUUGAGGUUAUUUUAUUCCAGAUCCGCUGAACAGAGGAAUGUUUCCGAAAGCUGUGGCCAGAAAGCACCGCACACGGUCAUGGACCAACUCGCUGUAUGAUAUAAUUUAUUUUUAGUUUAGGUAGAGUCCUUUACCGACAAAUAUUCCGGCGUGCGCAAAGACGUGGACAGUUUCAUGCAGCAAACUGCUGCUUGUGUGUGGUUUCUGCACAGUUGGACGGUGUUACGUGAUAUCGAUGUUGUUGGGUGGCGUGAAGUUUUACGUGCAGUAUGAUAAUAUGUCCGUCGCUUUCUUAUAAUGGACUACUCACUUAUUUGAGAAGACGUGGAUCAAUAAAGUUGUUUGCAUUCGUAUA